AUGAAUGUAGAAAAGCAACAAAUGGCGACACUCCUGACAACGGUGCCGACCCCCGACACGCUUCCAUUGCCCAUCAUGUUCGCACUCGUGCCUUUCCCUCACUCGUUGUACCAUCUGCUGUACCUGUGCCUGCCCAGCGGGUUGUUGACCAGGCAAUCUAUCACGAUUGGCGAGUUCUUGGGCUUGAUCAACAAGUCUUUCUUCAUCCUAGAGUUCACAAUCGCAGGUUUGCCAGACGGCGCUGCAGACGUAGCAGAAUUCGGCACCACAGCGACAGCUAUACAUGAGUGGAUGCGGUUAGUAUCAUAA